GACCGCCCUUGCCCCCACAACCCAUAGACCCCCACCGACAACGUGUUUAUGUAGUAUGUACCUUGCAAAUUACAAAGCAGAGACACAACUCAAGUCACAGAGCCAGCGGUUUGACCCUGCACGAUGAUCCGAUAUGAAUACAGCAGCACCUCCAGGCUCCAAGACACACACAGGCGGUACGUACGUGUUAUCUUAUUUUCAUUCUUUAUUCCUGCUUUUGGGUGGAUAUUUAUCCUAUCUGUAACACCGCACCGAUCAUUCACUUCUCUUCGUGACUUCGUACUGCAAGGAUUGACCGACAGCCUCGAAAAUCCCAACACCUUGACUCGUCCACGUUUCAACCGCUUCCAGAAUCCCUUCCCCCCCGCAAGCCCCCGAGGUCCGCUUUCUUUCCGCCCUUACCUUGCCCUCUCUCUCUCCCCAGGCUCCCGGCUUCCCGCAGGAACCCGCCCCGCCCCGCCAUUGGCAAACUUGUCUUACCUGCUGCUGGUCCUGCCCAUCCACACCGUUCCCGGCCGGUGGGAACGGGAAUGCGACCCGGGAAUGCCCUUAACGGCGCCCAGCUUUCAUAUCCCCCGCACGCCCGGAACACACAUGUCUUUCCCCUCUACGACUCGAACAGCGCAUCACACUCGUUACCGCCACCUGAGAGGAGGGGAGAGGAAUCGUCAAGCCGAGCAUCGACUUCGGCUCUUGAGCGGCCACACGGCAAUCACAUUUAACCGCCGGAAGACCUGGGAAGUGGGCGGUGGGCCUCGUCCAUCUACAGAAGAUCCCUGCCGGGUUUGGUAAGGCCGGGAAUGGGGGAACAAAGGGUCAAGGCAUGUGUCAAAGGCAUAUACCAGAGUCAAGCAGCAAGCAGCAAGCAGCAAGCCGUACGCCAACAGAGUUUCU